AUGGCAAGCCCACAAGACCCAAGUAAGCCAAACGACACUAGCGUGAUAUCUGACGGUGAAGGUGAAUCGUUUGCGGCCAGUAGAACCCCAAGCAGAAGGGCCAGCAGCAUUUUCUCUCUGGAAAAUCCUCCCUUAGAGCCUCCUAAUGAAAGCGACAUCGAAAAAUUCACCAGUGACGAGUACCACUUUAAUAUGAUCCGUAACCUGCAUUUGGCGGAUCUCAUCACUAUGAUGAAUGGAUUUUGUGGCUUUUAUUCAAUAGUAAGUUGCUUGAGGUUCACACUUACCAAAAAACCCCAUUAUGUUCAAAGAGCGCAUUUUUUCAUUCUUCUCGGCAUGUUUUUCGAUUUCUUUGAUGGCAAAGUCGCGCGUUUGAGGAAUCGAUCCUCCCUGAUGGGUCAGGAGUUGGACUCUCUGGCGGAUCUCGUCUCUUUUGGAGUGGCACCUGCGUCGAUUGCCUUUGCCAUCGGAUUUCAAUCAACUCUAGAUGUUUUGGUGCUCUCUUUCUUUGUGCUUUGUGGAUUGACAAGAUUAGCCAGAUUCAAUGUCACUGUUGCGCAGUUGCCCAAAGAUACGUCAGGAAAAUCAAAAUAUUUCGAAGGGUUGCCAAUUCCAACAUCAUUGGCUUUAGUGGGUACUAUGGCCUACUUUGUCAAUAGGGGUUUAAUUCUGGAUAACCUCCCCUUAGGACUCUAUGCUCGUGGUGAGUGGUAUGAAAUCCACCCUGCUGUACUUGCAUUCGGAAUUCAAGGCUGCGGCAUGAUCUCGAAGAGUUUGAAGAUCCUCAAAUUUUGA